UCAACUGCAGUGUAAAAACUAUAAAACCGGCACGUUUAUGGAAGCAAAAAUGAUAAAUCUCAACACUGAAAACUAUUGUGCACAUCUUGUCGAAAGCGCACCGGGGGACUACUAAGCUGGCACGAAAUUGAAAUAUUUCAAGUAACAGAUCAUCCUCAGUUAAGAUGCGUUUGUGUGGAAUUGUAUUAAGAGCGCAGCGAAGAAUUUCGAAACCAGCAUUGUUGGUCAUUAUCUGUCUACUAUGUGCGCUUCACGUGUUUCCAAAAUACUUCGAGAAACAAGGAAACAGAAGCUGGAAAAAUCCCUGGAAUCAAAUACAAAAGCCACCUGGAAAAGUCCUUAUUUUGUCUAGCUACCGUUCCGGUUCAUCUUUAAUGGGGGAACUAGUUGCUACGACUUCUACUCGGACGAUGUACGAGUUCGAGCCGACUUACCAGGCAUUCUCCUCCAAAGCACACUUAGACAGUGACUACCGAUCCCAAAAGUGUUCAGAUAUCCUCAACCUCAUUUUCAACUGCAGCGAACACUACUCUGAGGAGCAGUUCAACCAACUGCUACCACUUCGAUUCUUCUCCCCCACUAGUUACCAAGUGAUGAAGAUAUUCAACACAGACUGGGGCGACAGUUUUCACUGGGAAAAGAAUCCGACUGACACGGAAGACGUGAAAGAAUAUGUAAAAUUUAUAUGCAGGGAAUCUUCGUUGAAGCUGGUCAAGACUAUCAGAUUACCAGUGUUGGAUUUUUACACCAUGUUCAACUUGCUGUACACAUUGCUAGAGAAGUUCGAUGACUUGGUAAUCAUAGGAGUUGUAAGAGAUCCCAGGGACUCAUUUGCAUCAAGAAAAAAGUUUGGCGGUGGGCCUGGAUUCGAAGAAACUCCAAUGAGUUUGAAUCAAAUAUGCAAAAACUAUUCAAGCAUCAUCAAUUUUGUAAAAGCAAUCAAGACAGGGCCACAUACGUCCAGAGUAUCCUUAGUGAAAUAUGAGGAAUUCUACAAUGAUCCAAUAAACCUGAUUGCCAAAACAUUCUCACAACUCUCGCUACCUGUGGGUGAAAAAACAAUCAACUACAUCAAACUGAAUGUUAUGAAUGAAAAGGGCGGCGACUUGGAAAACACAGCCAAGCACGGUUUAUUCACGAAGCCACGAGAUAAGAACGCAACCAUAGGGUACUGGAGGGCACUCAAAAUAGACCCCGAAGUUUUAGAAGAAUCGGCAGAAUGCAUAGCAGAAUACGAAGAGGCAAAAUCAACCGCUCAUCAAACCUGAAUUACGACAAAGAACUCAUAAAUGAAUGUCAACAUCGCCAAGGAUUUUCACCAAUCAUGCUGAUUAUAAUUCACUUCAGUUAUUUACGCUUUUCUUAAUUCAUGUUACGGUGCUUCCGGUCAAUAA